AUGUCCGCCCGCGCCCUCUUCAACACCACCACCAAGGCCCUCCGGCCAUCCAUCCUCUCCCUCCCCAACACCACCGCACGCCGGACCCUCACCCAAACCCCACGGGUCGCACUCAAAGAAUCCGCCUCAACCGACCCCGACGCGACAAACUACGAGCACCACAAGCAGGACUCGCUCGCCAAGCAAAAGAAAGGCGAGGGCCACUGGAAGCCCGAGCUGGCGUCGGUGAGCGAGGAGAGCGUGAAAGCGGACCGCAUGGGCCCGCAGGAGGCCGGGGAGGCGGCGAUGAAGCGGCUGCAGGAGCAGACGAAGGGGCGGGCGGAGGAGACGAGUAAGAAGGGGACGAGUAUGCGGGAUGGUUUGUGA